AUGAGUCCAGACAGAGUCCAUCAAAAGAAUUCGGAAGUUCAACACCACCCCGACAACGUCACCGCAGCCCUCGUCGGCGGCUUCGUCGGCAGCUACCUCCGCGAGCUCGACCCCGCUGCCACCGAGGCCGCCAGCGUCCCCCUCAGCGAGGUCCUCCCCGAGUACCCGCCCGACGCCGGUGAGGCCUGGGGCACCGACCCCCCGCAGCCCCCGCGCGGCAUCGGCCACUUUGUACGGUUCGGCUGGUCGGAGAGCAUCAAGGCCGUCGCGAUCAUCCCGCGCUUCGAGCUGAGCACCGCGAGGGCGCGCGAGGUGCUGCCUGCGAGCUAUCCGCGGAAGGACGUGGUCUUCAACCUCCAGCGAUUGGCGGUGCUGACCACUGCGCUCGCGCAAACGCCGCCCGAUCCCGAGCUCAUCUACGAGGCGAUGAAGGACAAGAUACACCAGCCCUACCGCAAAGAGCUCAUCCCUGGCCUCCCCGAAGUCACCUCGCGAAUGACGCCCGCGAGCCAUCCCGGACUCCUGGGCAUAUGCCUCUCGGGUGCGGGACCCACCAUACUCGCCCUCGCGACGAGCGGGUUCGAGUCUAUCGCUGAGGACGCACGCGCUAUCUUCCGGGAGAAAGGCGUCGAGGUCGACUGGAAGCUGUUGUCCGUAGUAGGCGGUAGCUCGGUAGAGAUCAACGAUGCGUAG